GACAUUUGACACAUUUGUUAUGAUAUUCUCGGUGUUGGAGUCCUGACUUCAAAAAUAAGUUUUCCAAUUACUUUCUUUUAUGACCGUAGAGAUUAACCGUCUUCAACAUGGAACGAAACUAUAAAGAGGACCAGACUAACGAAAUCGAAGCAUUGGAUUCCAUUUAUUGCGGCGAAAUGGAAAUUCUAGCUACAGAGCCUUUUCACCGCUUCAAAUUACCGAUAUCUACGGAGGAGUUUAGUACCGAUGAAGACAAUGGUUUGGCUUGUCAUUUAGUUUUCACAUACACGGAAAAAUAUCCGGACACGGCGCCACUUGUUGAAAUUGAAGAUGAUGUUAAUUUCGAGGAUACGUAUUCGGCAAGAUUAAUUGAUCAUAUUAAUGAGACGAUUACGGAAAAUCUUGGAAUAGAAAUGAUAUUUUCACUGGUUAGCAGUGCACAGGAAUGGCUCAAUGUGCGCUGGGAUGAACAUAAAAAGGAAGAGGAGAAUCGAUUAUCGGUGAAAAAGCUAGCCGAAGAGGAAGCCGAACGAAAGAAAUUCGAGGGAACGAGAGUAACGGUCGAAAGCUUUCUGGCAUGGCGCAACGAAUUCGAAUUGGACACGGGCAUUGCGGCGAAACGGGAAAAAUUGCUCGGCGACAAUAAGAAAUUGACCGGUAAGGAAUUGUUCUUGCGCGACAACACACUGAACGAGUCCGAUUUGAAGUUUCUGUUGGAAGCUGGCGAUCCGAUCGAAAGCGUUAAAAUUGAUGAAUCGCUAUUCCAGAAUUUGGAUGAUUUAGAUUUCGGAUCGGAAGAUGAUGACGAUGAAGAUUAUGUACCCGGGAAAGAUUAGGAUUUGAAUAAAUGUUAACGGUUACAAAAAAUGUG